UUUAACUUCAGUGGAACACAACGUUGUUGUACAAAUUAUCGACAAGAUAAAGGCUUCUGCAUACCCUGUGAAGUAGGUACAUAUGGUGAUAACUGUUCAGGAGGACCGUGUCCUUAUGGAUUCUAUGGAUUUGGAUGUGAGAGUAAAUGUAACUGUACCGCUAAUCAAUUCUGUGACAGGAAAAUAGGGUGUGUUAACAAAACUUUAAAUGGUAAGAAAUCUUAUCAUACCAGUAAAAUGAGGGUAUUUAGAAGUUACAUGUAUUCAGAGAUUUACAGAGAAAACGACCCCUCAUACCUUCAUACAGUUGUUGCUGUUGCAAUGGCAGUAAUUCUAAGUGUCGGAUCAAUUUUAGCCAUCAUCGUCUUUUUUUUCAAUGAGAGAUUAAAGUUUCUACGCCAGUAUCUGACAAGUAGAAUAGGGACAAACUAUGUUGGAAACGACAAUUCAAGCCGUGAAUCAGAGGAGCCGCAAGAGGACUACUCUCAGAUGACAAGGGCCUCUAACAACUACAACAUACUGAGCUUCAACAAAAGAUUUAACGUAGUUUCUAGAAUCAAUGACACAGAGGAAGGCGAAAUUUACGAUCAAGGUUGCGUCGCUAUUUCAAGUCAAACGGAAGAGUCUGAGGACAGUUAUGUUUCCUUAGCACUGAGGCAGAACAAAGUGCUGUUUUCUGCAAAUGCUAUCAAGGAAGUCAUCGACGGAAAACAGGAAAAUGCAAUCGCUGAUAAUACACGAGGCCUUAGGGAUAGCUAUAUUACACUUGCACUGAAUCCGAACAAUUCUUCUAGAAUUACAGGAAACAUCGAGGAAAACACUGGAAAAUAUGCAAAUCUAAAGACACAGACAGGAUAUUCAAAUAGGGGCGAUCGGGAUAUUUAUGCAAAUACUCUGCCAAAACUUCCUUUAAACUAUUUUGUACUUGAAAAUAACAAGUACAGUUCAAAUGAGAAAAGAAGUCACAUGAAUGAUACGUUAUGA